GCAUUGUAACUUGUAAGAAGGGUUUUACUGUAACGACUUGGUAAUUUUUGUACUUUUGUUUAUAUGAACCGAAAUUGCUGAUUGAUACGGAAAUUACAAACGGAGAAAAAUAAUUAGAAUUCUGGAAGUGUAAACUGGAUGUGGUGCUGUUUAUCUGACGGUGAAGAAUCGGGAAAAGGUGCGAUGGCUGCAAUCCGCAAGAAGUUGGUGAUUGUUGGGGAUGGCGCUUGCGGAAAAACCUGUCUUCUCAUUGUAUUUAGUAAAGAUCAAUUUCCUGAAGUAUACGUCCCAACCGUCUUCGAGAAUUAUGUAGCUGAUAUUGAAGUAGAUGGCAAGCAAGUCGAGUUGGCCCUUUGGGAUACAGCGGGCCAGGAAGAUUACGACCGACUGCGACCGUUAUCCUAUCCUGAUACUGAUGUAAUUCUAAUGUGCUUUUCAGUCGAUUCGCCCGACUCUCUCGAGAAUAUUCCAGAAAAGUGGACACCUGAAGUUAAGCACUUUUGUCCGAACGUACCCAUUAUUCUCGUAGGUAACAAGAAAGAUUUACGAAACGAUCCGAAUACCAUCAAAGACCUUGCCAAAAUGAAACAAGAACCCGUCAAACCCCAAGAGGGACGAGCGAUGGCGGAAAAAAUUAACGCCUUCGCCUACUUAGAAUGCUCCGCAAAAAGUAAGGAGGGCGUUCGUGAAGUAUUUGAGACUGCGACAAGAGCCGCACUUCAAGUUAAAAAGAAGAAGAAGCCACGUUGCGUUCUUUUCUAAACCAAACGCGAUAUAUUUAUCAUACUUGUAUUCUUUAUAUUACGAUCGUUGUGUGUUUAACCAUACCGGGGGUUUCGCUUCCAAGGAAAGAAUCCCAAUUAUACUUAGUUCUCAUGUUGGUUUUCUUCGUGGGCUUUAUUUCACACAUUAAAGUUUUAGCUCAUUUUAUAUAAUCUUUUUAAUUUCCGUUAACCAAUGGAAAGCACAAAUUUUAUUUGCUGAUGAACUUUUUUAUGUCCAUUGAGGAUGCUAUUACUGUUUGCCGAAGAAAUUUACAUUAUAUUGUACAUCAUUCAGUUUUCAAUGUAGGGAGUAUCGAUUAAGCAGCAUUAAUUUCAGGUUUGAACCAGAGUUUAUAUAUUUUUUUCAAAUGUUACUGUAUUAUUAUUUUAUUAUGAAUAUCGUGCCGAGGUGCGUUUGUUGUAUAACAGUCACUUCAAAAUUUGAAUUCGAUUGUAUUUAUAAUCAUUUAAUUUUG